AGGUGCUCUUUGCUCUGGAGAUGGAAUGGGAGAAGAAGAACGUCCACCGAAAUGUGGCGUCGGCAAACACCAAGAGUACACAUCAGCAUAAAAAGUGCAAUUGGAGAGGACGAAGGAACGCUGGAAUUGGCCUCCUCAAACACCAUGAGGUGAAAUGGGCGAGGAAGAACGAACGCCGAAGUUGGUCUCAGCAAAGUCCAGGAUGUGGAAUGAGGGAGGAAGAACGAGAACCGAAAUUUAGCCUGAGAAAACACCAAGAGCAUGCAUGCUCAGUAAAAGGUGCUCUUUGCUCUGGAGAUGGAAUGGAAGAGGAAGAACGUCCACCGAAAUGUGGCGUCGGCAAACACCAAGAGUACACAUCAGCAUAAAAAGUGCAAUUGGAGAGGACGAAGGAACGCUGGAAUUGGCCUCCUCAAACACCAUGAGGUGAAAUGGGCGAGGAAGAACGAACGCCGAAGUUGGUCUCAGCAAAGUCCAGGAUGUGCAAUGAGGGAGGAAGAACGAGCACCGAAAUUUAGCCUGAGAAAACGCCAAGAAGUUAGUCCUACCUUCUUUUCCAUGGU